UUGGCCUGGGUUACCAUGGAUACCAUGUCCCUGGAGCAUCAGAUUCAGAGCGUGCAGCGACACAUCAGCUUCCUGAAAAAGGAACAGAUGGCACUACUUCGAGACCUGCACCUGGAAAUUCUGAGGCUGCAGAAACGCUGCUCAGAACUGACCCAUGACCUGGAAAUGAGAGAAGCCCAAUCUCACCAGCAAGAGGAGGCGUCCAGGGAGCUGGAGAGCAAGUGCCGCGCGCUGGAGUCGCAGCUGGCUGCACGGACCGCCGCCAACGCAGAGCUGCGGCGGGAGGUGGCGCAGCGCGAGGUUCUGGUGUCGGCGCUGCGGUGCAGCCUGCGCGCGGAGGAGCGCCGCUUCCUGGAGGAGCUGCGUCGCCGCAGCCACCGCGCCACGGUGCUGGGCACCGAGCUGCAGAAGCACACUGAAGCGGCAGCCUACCUCUCCUGCCAGCUGCACGCCGCGCGCCAGAGACUACAGGCCCCGCGCCCGGGCCCCGGCGCUGCUGCGGAACCCCGGCCCCGCCGGCGCGCUCAAAGGGCCCGCCGCCCGCCCGAGGCCGCCACCAAGGGCCCCAGCCGGGACUGGGCCUCCUGGGACCGCGCGGCUGGACCCCUGGACGACGUCGACCCCAUGCCAGACCCCGCGCUCUUCCUCUACGCCCGGAGGCCCCCGCGGCCCGGCGCCCGCGGCCCACGCCAGCCGCCGCCACAGGAGCCACAGGAGCCUCCAGACCAAGGUGGCCAGCAACCCAGGCCCUGCCAGAGCCCGCCCGCAGCAUCCAGCGCGCCCGGGGCCCCGGAGUAGGCUUGGGGCUGGCGGGGGAAAGGCCCUCACGGCCCGGCUAGGGACGCAGCCCAGUCCCGCUGGCAGGUCCCGAGGGCCAAGGGCAGUCGCCCCGGCUCCAGGGAGCAGGGGAAGGCGGCCCCAGCUUCCCCACCCCCUCAAACCGCCCCGCCUUUUGUAUUUCCCGGCGUUUCUGAAGCUUCGAGCUCUCCCCUCGCGCGAGGGAGUUCCUCUGCGGGGCUGAGCGAUUGCACCUUUUUUUGUGGAGAAGGACUCGUACCAAUCCAGAUCUGGUCCCCACCCUGCCACUGGGAGGGGAGGGGCGGGGGACACGCCCGGGAAAGCUGACAAUCUUUGUGGGGAGGGUAAAGGCUGGGUUGGCCUACAGAAGGAAAUGCAGAGUGCACUUGGCACCCCUAGACCUUCCAGCUUCCCUGCCCUGCCUCCCCCAGCCCUGCCAAACCUUGCUCCCGAGGAGAGGCCAAAGAGGCUAAGAACCGGCCUCUUCACUCGGAAACCUCCCGUUACCCCUCCCCCAUUGAUAUGUCCUUGCAGGUGAGAGCACCGGAACACUUUAGAAUUUGCAUCCUCCCAGAAACCCUGGUGAGGAAAGUGCUGCCUGAUGGAAGUUGAACUUCCGGAGAGCAGCACGCCAUAGACCCUUAGAAGAGUUAUGGAAUGGUGGCAGGAACGGGGCUGGAGCUAUUCCAGCUCAGUUCUUCUCGGGUCUGCCAGGCAGAUAUGUAGGGAUUGGAGCUGUACUGGGGAAGCGCCCUGGGACAGGGCAAAGACUGCUGCUCCCCCUCAGGAGCCUGUUCUGGGAGUUUCCCUAGUCCUGUUAUUGGUGCUAACCUUGCCCAGCUUCUAAGCAGCUGGUUGCACCCAGAGGCAGGAAAGAGGGCCUGGCUUCUUGGAAGUAGAAGUUAUUGAUAGAAGUUUGGGUUUGCAAGGGGGAAAUGUCCCCCUCCAGGGAUGCCUCUAAGCCUGAGAGUGGUGGGAUGCCCCUAUGACCCUCUGUCUUGGUGGGGAAAUGGUAAAUAGAAAGCAAGAUUCCUCCCCUCUCCCACUCUCCCAGCUACCCAACCCCCACUACCAAAGGCAGGAAAUACAGUUUCAGUCCAGCUCAUUGCCCCCAGCCCAGCCCAGCCUAGAAACACAAACCCCCAAAGCUCCGUCACCAUCCCUCUUGGGUUGGUCCUACAUCGAGUCCUAAGUGCCUGUGAGUUCUUCCAGGGGCUGCCAAGGGAGAACGCCUUUCCCUCACUCAGACACUGGUCCCUGGCAGGUUCUGACCCUGGCUUGAAGACACACAUUCUGCGUAUCACCCAGGGGUUGGGAGGAGAGCAGAAUCAAUCUCUAUAGGUGAAAAACUCUUCUCCCAUUAAGGCCCCCAGGGAGAAGUGGGGAAUCCCCAGUCAUAUCCUCUUUUGCUCUGUUAGAGGGAGGGAGAAUUUGGUAAGAAGCAGAACCCAGUGAGCACACUUCAGGCCUGGUCAAACAUGCUGCCCCCUCCCAGCUGACCCUAUCCAGGAUUGAUGAAUCCACCAAGCAAUAACCAGGCCUAGUCUGGGCUGUCCAGCUCCUGGGAGUAAGGCAGCAGAGGUGGCAGUCUGGGAACCUUUCUCUCAUUGCCUUACCUCUACCCCACUAGCCCCUGUGGCUGUGCCCAGGCAACUGCCUCUCCUCAAGAGUGUACGAUUCACUGUGCCCCAUUCUGCUGCCCUCCCUAGCAGAACCUGUGGGGGAGAGGGCUCACUCCCCUCUCUUGAAGGUGCCUGGAGGAUUAUGGGAAGAGGAAAGUUCUCUUCCAGAGGAACCCACAUUGACCUUCAUCUCCCACAACCAUACCUUUGGGGUGAACAGGGUGACUUUGUUAUGUUGAUUCUUCUGCAGAGAUGGCAAAGUCCUUUAUCCACCACCCACCCAUCCACUAAAAGCCAUAGCUGUGCCACCUGGCCUCCCUCAAGCUCUGUAGCAAUAGCUCUCUUCUUUUUUCUUCCUCAGUACCUGGAGUGUCUGGCUAGGGCACCCACCAUACCCAGCCCCAGGAAUCCUCAGUGGCCUGCCUGCCUCUCCCCAAGAGACCCUAUCAGCACUGUCCAAACCCUGUCCCUCCUCCAGCAACCAGAUAAUGAUACUUAAUUGUUUGGGUAGUGCUUGGAGAGUCCCCAGAUGAAAGAGAGUGCUGGGGUGGCUGACCUGCAGCUGAUGUGUUUGGGGGUGGCUGGGAAAGGAAAUAAGGCAACCCUUAUCUCGGGGAGGAAGAGUGGCGGGAGGCCUAAGGCAGACACAGGGUUCCAGUUUUAACAGAAAUAGCCCUUCCCCUACUCUCAUCUGGAAAUAAAGGAAUAGAGACUUCCUUCCACCUACCUGCAGCCUCAGGGCCUGAUUGGGGCCCUGCCCUCAGCUUCCACUUCCUCCCCUUCCUGGUCCUGGUUUGAGGGACCCACCAGGCCUAGCUCUUGGAAUAUUUGGGUGACUGAGAAGGGAAAGGAAUGUUUUUCGUCUCUCUUCUCUAUUACAUGCACCCCACUGGUGGAAGGAGGGGAGUGUUGACAUGGACACUCAGAGUCCCUAGGCAGGGAUCCCACCACAUUCCAAGUAUAGAAAGUCCCAGAAAGGAGAGCUGCAGGUAGAUGGAAGCCCCCCAGUGUUCAGGAAGCUAGCCAGGGCACAGUGGGCAAAGUUGUAUGAGGCUCUAUACCCAUGACCCUGUAACCCUUCCAUCAUGACCUGCACUUUGUGGGACCAGUUCAGGGCAGUAUAGAGCCCUACCUAGUGGAGAAGGAGGCCAGAGGGUGUGGAGCAGUAUCUCCUCACUUGCAGAGCCCGGGGGACCCCUAAAUGCCCUCUCACUGAUAUGUCAGCCUUGAAAGGAGGACAUGCAGGGCAGAGGGAUCCUGCUCCGAAUUCUCUGUUGGCUGCGCUUUUUAACCCAAUGCUUUUCAGAGUGUAUUCACUCACCCACAGAAAUAGAGCCCUGUGCUUUAAGGGGUGACUG